AUGGUGCAAGGAUCAUUGAAGAAGGCCGGUCCUACCGGCCCAGGCAGGAAGCCCGCCAAGACCACAAGACCCGGUGUCCGCUCCGUCGCGCCCAAGAAAGCCGGCCUGAUUAAGCAGAAGAAACUGACCAAGCAACUCACAUCCGGUCUCGUCUCAAUGACAGAACGCAGUCUCGCGACAAAGGCAGGCCAUCUUGAGCUGUUGGCUGGUGGAAAGAAGGACCGUCUGCAGAAGGAGCGUAACGCGGCUCGCAAGGAUGGGACUUUGAAGUCUGGUCCUAAGAAGGCGACUUGA